AUGAACGAAUACGAAAAGAAACGUGUUGAAAACAUUGAAAAUAAUAAACGUAUUUUAAGGGAAUUGGGGUUGGAAAAACCUCCAAUACCUCUUUCAUCCCCAGUUGUCACUCGUAAAACAACGCGAAAAAAAAACAAAAAGAAGGAUAGUUACGUGGUGAACUCUAUAGUACCUCAAGCCUCUACUUCGAAUACAUCUUUAAUCAACAGUUUAAGAAGGUCAAGCCGUAUUGCAAAUAACCCCGACUCUCAUAAAGUAAACGCGUUAAUUAAAGUCAGUAUCACGAAAAAAAACUGGAGAGAAAAUAGGCCGGAUCCAAAACAGAUUGGGCAUAUCCCAGGUUAUGAAGUAGAAGAGGAAGGUGCCAUUAGCGUUGCAUUAUCAGGGGGAUAUGAAGAUGAUGUUGAUUGGGGAGAUGCAUUUACAUAUACUGGUUCAGGUGGAAGGGAUCUCAAAGGAACUAAAUAUAAACCCAAGAACCUUAGAACUGCACCACAGGAUCAAGCAUUAAUUGGAGGUAAUUUAGCAUUAAAAGUUUCCUGUGAAACUGGAAACCCAGUUCGUGUCAUCCGUGGAUACAAACUCAAUAAUGAAUAUGCUCCAAAAGAAGGCUAUCGUUAUGAUGGUCUUUAUAAGGUUGAAAAGUGGUGGGAGGAAAUUGGUUUAUCUGGAUUUCGAGUAUUCAAAUAUGCUUUCAAGAGGUUUCCGGACCAGCCUCCUCUUGGAACAUGUUUACAUGAAUUUACAGAUUCUGAGGAUGAUAGUGAUAACAAUGAUGGAGGGUCACUUAAAGAUUAUGAUUCCCAACUUGAUAAUGCAGAUGAUAAAGAAGAAAAUCAAAAUGAAGAAAUACCGUCACAUGCGAUUCGCUCCUCUAAACAAUUAAUUGGUCAAAAAAGUACUGAUAAAAAAGAUAACAAGAAAAAAGUUAAAGAAAUAAACAAAGAUAAAGAAGUUGAUACAAAAAAAAGAGAAGGAGAGCCUGAAUCAUCACAAUCAAUUCGUAUAUCUAAAAGAUCAAAGCACAAUCAAAAAGAAGUUAGUGUCGAAAACAAAGAAGAAGAACAAGAGUCAUCACAACUGGCUCAUGCACCUAGAAAAUCAAAGCGUAAUCAAAAAGAAGAUAAAGUAGAGAAGCAAAAAUUAUCACAAUCCACUCGAACCUCUCAACGAAUUAAAAAAUAA